AUGCUCAAGAUCACCGUGCUGCGAGCCAAGGAGCUCAUGGCGGCUGAUCGGGGGGGGACGAGCGAUCCCUACGUCAAGAUUCACAUCGGGGAUGACCAGCACAAGACCCAAGUGAUCAAACGCUCGUUGGCUCCCACGUGGAAUGAGACUUUCACCUUCGACUUUGAGGACGGGGAGAUCUCGUCGGAACUGCUUGUCGAGUGCUACGAUUAUGACAUGAUCGGCUCCCAUGACUACAUCGGCUCAACCUCCCUGGAUAUCAAGACUCUGACCUCCAAGAAGUCAGAGUGGUUCAAGCUCGUGCAUCCUGAUAACCCCUCGUACAACGCCGAGGUCUUCCUUACCCUAGUUCCCUCCUUUGAGACUAAGGAGGAGAUCGAGCGCAGAGCCGCAGGCUCAGUACCGGACGCCGGUUCUAUGACAACCAUCCUCAUCCUCGACCUGGUGGCUGGCAGAGGGUUGGAAGCCAUGGACAGCAACGGAACCAGCGACCCCUACGCGGUCAUCCAAGUCGGCAGCGAGAAGAGAAAGUCCAAGGUGAUCAAGAAGGACUUGAAUCCUGAAUGGAACGAGAAGUUUGAGAUGGUGGUGAGCGAUCUCAACGACUCGCUCAGAGUCUCCGUGUGGGACAAAGACUUGAUCGGGUCGGACGACCUCAUCGGCGAG